AUGCCUCCCAACAGCUCGUCCAAGCUUUUUAAUUUGGAGGACAGUUUUUUCCUGAUGAAUUCCUCCGGCAAUGAGACGCACACCGAGUCUCACGGUAGCGCAAUUCUCAUCUCAUUUAUCUACACAGUGGUCUGUUUAGUCGGGCUGUGUGGGAACUCCAUGGUCAUUUAUGUCAUUUUUAGGUACGCUAAAAUGAAGACGGCGACUAAUAUAUAUAUUUUGAACUUGGCGAUUGCGGACGAGUUACUUAUGUUGAGUGUGCCGUUUUUGGUGACAUCCUCGUUACUUCACCACUGGCCAUUUGGAUCUUUCUUGUGCCGCCUCGUCCUAAGUGUGGACGCUAUAAAUAUGUUUACCAGCAUUUACUGCUUGACUGUACUAAGCAUAGACCGAUACAUUGCCGUAGUGCACCCCAUAAAAGCUGCCCGAUACCGGAGACCUACAAUCGCCAAGAUGGUUAACUUGGGAGUUUGGACAUUUUCCAUCUUGGUUAUUUUGCCAAUCAUUAUAUUUUCCAGUACAGCACCGAACUCGGAUGGAUCAGUCGCUUGUAAUAUGCAAAUGCCAGAACCACAGAAGCAGUGGAUGGCAGUGUUUAUAGUAUAUGCCUUUCUAAUGGGCUUUCUGUUCCCGGUCAUUGCCAUAUGUAUGUGCUACAUCUUGAUCAUAGUAAAGAUGCGAGUGGUUGCGCUGAAAGCUGGCUGGCAACAGCGUAAAAAGUCCGAGAGAAAAAUCACGCUGAUGGUAAUGAUGGUGGUGACCGUGUUUGUAAUAUGUUGGAUGCCUUUUCACGUCGUACAACUUGUUAAUGUCUUUGUGGAGACACAUAAUGCAACACUUAGCCAGCUGGCAGUAAUUUUAGGUUACGCUAACAGCUGCGCCAAUCCUAUACUGUACGGAUUCCUGUCGGACAAUUUCAAACGCUCCUUCCAGAGAAUAUUAUGUCUGCGCUGGAUGGACAACGCAACUGAGGAACCUAUCGAUUACUACGCAACUGCUUUGAAAAGUCGCGGAUACAGUGUAGAUGAAUUUCAACCGGACAAUAUGGAAUCAGAUAGCACCUAUAGAAAUGGCACUUGUACCUCCAGGACUACGACUUUGUAAACGAAGGAACAUGUUGAAUGUCCAUAAUAGAACAAAGCUUUGUACUACCUUUACCUGUUUCAUUGCUUGUGCCAGAAUAGUAUUUGUCUGUUUCGUUUAAGCUGUGUUUGGAAAUGUAUACCAGAAGUCCCACCAGAGUAAC